CCGACAGCUGUUGGCGUCAAGGUGCUUUCUACGCGGUGAUCCUGGAUUAUGCAAGUGAAAUACGAACGGUGUCUGAACAUCUCAAGCUGUUAAAAGCCAGUGUGCGGCCAUGUUGAACCUCUUCCUCAGAGUGCUGGUGUGGACCUGUCUUCAUCCUUCACCCCAUUGCACCUCCUUGCCAACUUAACUCCUCGCUCUGUCUAUCUUUCGCUAUCUCUUUCUUCCAUUGGCUUACACCAGGAAAGGUCCCUGGUACCCUGGGAAAAUGUCCUAUGCACACUUCAAGCUGCUCAACUGGAGACUACCUCACAUUGUCCUCCUGUCACUGGUCUACUUCUGGUGCUUGGCUCUUCCCACAGGUGUGUUGGCAGACCUUUGUCAGGUCAAAGGUGGGGUGCUGGGGAUCCACUGGGGCAGUGUCAUUGGCCUCGGGUGGCGCCCUCUGGCCAUUGGGAGGGGUGGCGCGACCUGCUGGGAGUCCUGCUGCUUGAAGCCAAACUGCAACGCUGUCUGGAGCCUGGGUGGGCGCUGUGUGCUCCUUAGCUGCUCCCGUCAAAGGGACUGCCCCAUCUCUUUCUUGCCCCAGCCCCACCAAGAAUCCCUGGGCCUCCUACAGCAGAUCUCCAAGGACUUCAUCACAGCAAGACGUAGAGAGGUCCGUCAAGCACAGCAAAUUGGAAGCCAUGAGCAUGACACAGAACACCACCUUACUAGCACGGACACAGCAGCAGCUCCCUUAACUUCCACCGUACCCAGUGGCAUCACACCUCCUCAAACAGCUGACGUGAAUCUUAGCCAGUCGGCCAGUAGGAGUGAAGACGGUGGCUUGCCUCCAUCGAAACAGAACUUGACCACCGAGGAUGUGGUUAGUACUACUGCGUCUGCCAAUAGCACGGAUAUCAGUAAACCACCUGCCUCCCUGAUUUCCACCAUUGCUCCUCCUCCAACACAGUCUGUGAGGGAGCUGAUCGUGUCGGCAGGAAAGAGUGUGGAGGUGACGCUGCCCCGCAGCGAGGUGGAGCUCAAUGCUUUCGUAGUCCCAGCACCUCAGCCAGGGACAAACUAUGCAUUUGACUGGCGCCUGAUAACUCAUCCCAAAGAUUACAGUGGAGAGAUGGAGGGGAAGCACAGCAAGACUCUGAAACUUAGCAAGCUAACUGUGGGUUUCUAUGAGUUUCAAGUGACAGUGGAUGGAGAUGAGGCCCAUGGCGAGGGUUAUGUCAACGUCACAGUCAAACCAAAGCCACGGGUAAACAAGCCUCCCGUCGCUGUGGUUUCCCCAAAGUUCCAGGAGAUCUCCUUACCAACCAGUUCCACGGUGAUAGACGGCAGCCAGAGUACUGAUGAUGACAAGGUGGUAGCGUGGUACUGGGAGGAGAUCAAAGGUCCCCUGAGGGACGAGAAGGUCUCAGCUGACACCCCUAUCCUCACUCUCACCAGCCUGGUGCCUGGAAACUACACAUUCAGUUUGACAGUGACAGACUCAGACGGAGCUCAGGAUUCUACUCAGGCCACUCUGUCUGUCAACAAGGCCAUGGACUACCGGCCUGUGGCCAAUGCUGGCCCAAACCAGGUCAUCACCUUGCCCCGCAACUCCAUCACUCUGAAUGGUAACCAGAGCGCAGAUGACCAUGAGCCCCUGGCCUAUGAGUGGUCCCUCAGCCCCGACAGUAAAGGAAAGGUGGUAGAGAUGCAGGGUGUGCGGACCCCAAUCCUGCAGCUGUCAGCCAUGCAGGAGGGAGACUACACCUUCCAGUUGACGGUGACAGAUUCAGCUAGACAGCAGGACACUGCCCAGGUCACCGUCAUUGUACAGCCAGAAAACAAUAAGGCACCUGUCGCAGACGCAGGUCCAGAAAAAGAGCUGACCCUCCCAGUGGACCGAACUACACUGGAUGGCAGCAAAAGCAGUGAUGACCAGAAGAUAGCCACCUAUCACUGGAAACAGAGCAAAGGUCCCGAUGGCGUGAAGAUUGAAAAUGCGGACAGUGCGGUUGCCACGGUAACUGGCCUCAAGGUGGGCAUGUACGAAUUCACCUUGACAGUAACCGAUGAGAGGAAGCUGCAGAGUACCGACACAGUCACGGUCAUUGUCCGCGAAGAACAAGACCAGCCCCCAGUGGCCCAUGUCUUGGAUAGCCAAUCCAUCUCCCUGCCUCUUAGGACAGCCUCAUUAGACGGCUCUCACUCCCAAGAUGACAAGGGUGGAAUCAGCUACCUGUGGACCAGGGAUGACAGCAGCCCUGCUGCUGGGGAUGUGUUGAACAACUCAGACCACCAAACGGUGCUGUUCCUUGGCAACCUGGUGCAGGGAAAGUACAGCUUCACCCUGACUGUCACUGACAGCAAGGGACAGGCCAGCACUGACAGGGGCACCAUAGAAGUCAAACCAGAUAUGUGGGAGCGUGACCUGGUGGAGCUGGUGCUGGAGGUCUCUGUCACCCAAGUAACCCACCGCCAGCGGGACAUGCUGCUGCGCCAGGUUGGGGUGCUACUGGGCGUGCUCGAUAGCGACAUCAUUGUACGAGAGAUCAGUGCCUUCAAUGAGCACAGUACCCGUUUGGUGUUCCUGGUCUCAGGCGGUCCAGGGCGCCCCCCGCUGUCUGGCCACAGUGUUGCAAUGGGGCUCCGAAACAAGCUACGCAAACAGAAGAAUGACUUCCUGAUCUUCAAGGCCUGGCGGGUGGACACCAUCAUCUGCCAGCUUAACUGCUCUAGCCAUGGGGAAUGUGACUCAUUCACGCGUCGCUGUGUCUGUCACCCUUUCUGGAUGGAGAACUUCAUCAGGGUUCAGUUUGGCGACGCAGAGAGCAACUGUGAAUGGAGUGUGCUCUAUGUGACGAUUGCAUCUUUCAUGAUUGUGGUUGCCAUUGCCACAGUUGUCUGGGGUAUGGUGUGCUGCUGCCGCAGGCGUAAGAGCAGAGUGCGCAGAAACAAAAGCCGUUACAAAAUGCUUGAAGCUGAUGAGCAAGACAGUCUGGAGUUACAGCCAUCUCGAGCUGGCCGUAUGAAGCCUGUCCCUGCCCCCACCUCCUCUGCCCUCAUGCACUCAGACUCUGACCUGGAUAGCGAUGAGGGACAGGGAGGGGUUCCAUGGACGGACCGGGAACGCGGUCACCUCCUGCGACCUCAGAACGGAUCCCUGAGAAAUGGCCAAGGCCCCACAAGGAACCAGAAGCAAAGAGAGGAGCUACUAUAGCAACAGAGGAACAGGAGGUGGCCACACAC